GCCUGCACGGCCUGGUGACGUCACGCAGGCCCCUGCCCGGGUUGUUGUGCUGGAGCCAUGUCCGUGAACUACGCGGCCGGACUGUCUGAGUACGAACACAAGGGCAAGUGUGGCCUUCCGGAGAACUUUGAUCCUCCUGAUGACCUGGAUAGAAAGGUGCUGGAACUGGCCAACCUUGUACGAAAUGCCUCAUAUGUGGUAGUGCAUACUGGGGCUGGCAUCAGCACUUCUUCUGGAAUUCCUGACUUCAGGGGACCCCGGGGAGUGUGGACAAUGGAGGAACAAGGCCUGGAACCCAAGUUUGACACCACUUUUGAGGAAGCCAGUCCCUCCAAGACCCAUAUGGCAUUGGUUGCACUUCAGAGAACCGGUUUGGUGAAGUACGUGGUCAGUCAGAAUGUGGAUGGGCUUCAUGUACGGUCAGGUUUUCCCAGAGAUAAACUGUCGGAACUCCAUGGCAACAUGUUUGUGGAAGAAUGCACCAAAUGUGGCAAGCAGUAUGUUCGAGAGACAGUAGUUGGAACAAUGGGAUUGAAAACGACUGGCCGAUUAUGUGAUGUUAAAAAGGAACGAGGUCUUCGAGCUUGCAGAGGAAAGUUACGCGAUACAAUUUUGGAUUGGGAAGAUGCAUUACCUGAGCGGGACCUCAGUUUGGCAGAUGAAGCCUGCAGAAAGUCUGAUCUAGCCAUUGCACUGGGCAGUUCUCUUCAGAUCAAACCAAGCAGCAAUCUGCCAUUUAAUACAAAAAAGAGGGGAGGAAAGCUGGUUAUUGUUAACCUUCAGGCCACAAAGCUGGACAGACAUUCAGAUCUUCGGAUAUUCGGUUAUGUUGAUGUAGUGAUGAGCAAACUUAUGAAGCACCUUGGCAUCGAAAUUCCCAAAUGGGAAGGACCACAGGUGGUGGAGACAGCAGAGGCAAUUAAACCAGAAACGGGGAUGCUCCUUCCUGUCAAGGCUGACCUGGACAGUAAACCAAAAAUCAAGGUCAGGAGACAAAGUAGAGAUACUGAGGAAGAAGGGACAAGUGAAUCCAAAUCACUGUUGCUGGACUCUUCAAAACCCAAUGGCUCCUUUAAGCAAGAUUGCCAAGAGAUGGACUGUAACACCUUUGAUCCUAAACGCAUCAAACUCGAGCCUGUUAUGGUGUGAAAUGUCUUUUUACAAUACUUAAGGACUUUUUUUCUAUGAAUAUGAAUGUUUAAUUGUAACUUUAUAUUUAACUAUAUUAAACUCUGCCCAAUGCAACAAAUCUAGCUGUUUGUGACUUUCCACAGGUUUUUAAGUGGGUCCUUUUUAAUUAUAGAUCUAAAAAAAACACCACUGGAACCUUCAUUGUGAAAGGCACUAAUGGGGAUAAUAGGAAGAUUAAAGCAUUAAUUAAUUUUGUUUAUAUAGAUUUAAAGAGUAACCCACAGACCUGAGUCUUUAUGUAAUAUCACAAUGCCUUUGGGAUUUUACACCUACAUCAUCUAUGAUGAUGAUAUGUUUGACACAUUUUAAAUAACAAAGAUCUUUUCUGUUCAGUGCUUCAAGCUUUAGACGUCUGUCAUAUAUUUAGGGCUACAGUAUGGUGCUGCAUAAAUAUCACGGUUGGAGUGUGGUGAAUUUUAAACUUAAACAUCAACACUGACAGGAUGUUGUUUCAGAUGAAUCACAUGAAAUUAAGAUCUACUGGAGCUUGAUGUCUCCUUUAAUUUGCAGCCUAUUCAGCCACUUUCCUUAAAGUACAAUUAAGCUAAAUUGGUCAUCUCCUUGAUAAAAUUAUUUUUUUGUUUUUGAUUUGAAGAUUAUUCAAAUACUUAUAAUUUCGGCAUAGUGUUUUUCAUGGUGAUAUGUCCUAUUCAGAUUUAAAUUUAAUUUCUGUACAGACAGGAGGAACUUCUCAGUGGUAAAUUUAUUUCCCAACACUUUGAAUCUGCUAUAAGUGAAUAUUAAUACUGUACUUCAAAUUAUGUAGCAGAUAAUGUCAGUGUCUCAAAGGAUUUCACACUUUAAAGUGUUCUGGUUAUUAUGUAGACAGACCUAACUAACAACAAUGUGAAACCAAAUAAAUAUUGAAUAAUUCACUAAAACAUUGGGUUGUAAGCAAACUUGAUCGGUUGAAUGAACUUAAUCCUGUGUUUUUAACUGACUUCAAUUCUGUUCAGUUGUUACAGUUACAGUUUUUGUAUUUGAUAGAAAACCCCAAAAUUCCAAAUGUUCACUCGAACUCUAGCUGUCAACAUUGUGCCAGUGACCGUGCUAUAACCCCUGAAUAUGGGUAUGGGAUCAAGCUCCAGUACAGAAACCUGAGCAUGUAAUCUGGUUUGAUAAUCCAUUGCAGUACUGAGUAAUCUCUUCCCAAUGAGUUGUAACUUUUUGAGAUCCCCUGGAGUAAUAUUAAAAGAAUAUGUGAGUUGUUUCUGAUCUUCUGACCAAAAAUGUAUCGCUUAACCAACUUUAUUAAAACUACAGAUUAUC